AGGCCAUUAAAGAGCAUCAGGUGCUCAUCGUCGUGGCCGAGACGGGGUCGGGCAAAACAACUCAGCUUCCGCAGUACCUGCAUGAAGCCGGGUAUACAUCCAACGGACAAAAACGCGUGUCGCAGAUGAAAUGGGUACAAAAGUCGGUUACGAAGUGGGCUAUUCCAUCCGAUUCGAGGACUGCACGAGCGACAAGACAGUGCUCAAGUACAUGACGGACGGAAUGCUCCUCCGAGAAUUCCUAACCGAACCUGACUUGGCUGGUUACGCAGCGCUGAUCAUUGACGAAGCACACGAGCGGACUCUAAGUACGGACAUUCUUUUUGCUCUCGUCAAGGAUAUCGCGAGAUUCAGGCCUGAGCUGAGGUUGUUGAUUUCAAGUGCGACUAUGGAUGCUGAGAAGUUUAGCGAGUACUUUGAUAAUGCGCCUGUGUUUUAUGUUCCUGGACGUCGAUACCCGGUUGACAUCCACUACACGCCGCAACCAGAGGCCAAUUACCUGCACGCAGCUAUCACCACCGUCUUCCAGAUUCAUACAACACAACCCAAGGGCGACAUUCUCGUGUUCUUCACAGGUCAAGAUGAAAUCGAAGCAGCCCAAGAAAACCUGCAGGAGACCGCUCGAGCACUCGGGAACAAGAUCGCCGAACUAAUCGUUUGUCCAAUCUACGCCAACUUGCCCAGCGACAUGCAAGCCAAGAUUUUCGAACCCACACCAGAGGGCGCAAGAAAAGUCGUGCUUGCUACAAACAUCGCAGAGACGUCAAUCACCAUCGAGGGUGUAGUCUUCGUCAUUGAUCCCGGAUUCGUCAAACAAAACUCGUAUAAUCCUCGAACUGGCAUGUCUUCCUUGAUCGUGGUUCCGUGUUCUCGAGCAUCAGCCAACCAAAGAGCCGGCCGUGCAGGUCGUGUGGGGCCAGGCAAAGCCUUCCGACUGUACACGAAAUGGGCGUUUUCAAAUGAGCUGGAAGAGAACACGGUGCCUGAAAUCCAGCGGACGAACCUCGGGAUGACUGUCCUCCUGCUGAAAUCACUCGGCAUUAAUAACUUCAUGGACUUUGAGUUUAUGGACCCACCUCCAGGAGAGACGCUUAUCAGGGCGCUAGAGCUGCUCUAUGCUCUUGGAGCCUUGAACGACCGUGGCGAGCUCACGAAACUGGGUCGGAGGAUGGCAGAGUUCCCUGUCGAUCCCAUGCUGUCCAAAACUAUCAUUUCCAGCGAGAAGUACUCGUGUACGGACGAGGUACUGACCAUCAUAUCCAUGCUUUCCGAGUCCUCGUCAUUAUUCUACCGCCCCAAAGACAAAAAGAUGCACGCAGACCAAGCCCGCCAAAACUUCGUCCGCACAGGUGGAGAUCACUUCACAUUACUCAACGUCUGGGAGCAAUGGGCCGACACCGAAUUACUCGCAACAGUUCUGCUACGAGCAGUUCUUGCAGUUCAAGAGUCUCAGUCGGGCACGGGAUAUUCGGGAUCAACUUGCUGGGCUUUGCGAGCGUGUUGAAGUCGUAGUUCAGAGUAACCCGAACUGCGAAUGAUAUAAGUGCUGUGCAGAAAGCUAUCACGUCGGGAUACUUUUAUAAUACUGCACAACUCCAGAAGAGUGGCGA